AUGAAACCGAUAGUGUUAGGCAAUAUUUUUACUAUUCUCUUUGGUCUCAGCCAAACAUUUGAUACGAAAGCUAAUUCACACCUUUGGAUGAUCCCAAGUAAGAUUGGCCGUAUUACAAACAAGUUUCCUUCAACAAGCAUAACUGAUAUUUUUGGUGAUAUUUCACCGGUUGCCUAUAAUGAAAGAAAUUUGAGAAGUGAGAAAGAAACCUUUUCGUACGACGAAUCUGAUCCCUAUGGACCUCAAAAUUGGGGAAGAUUGAGUGAACAUUGUGAUGGAAGCCAACAAAGUCCAAUAAGUCUUUAUUCAAACGAUUCUUUAGAAAUUUAUAGACGACCCUUAAGAAUCCAACAUCUCGACACUAUACCGAAUUCAUUAACAUUUCGGAACAACGGACAUUCGUUUACGAUCACAUUUAACUAUCCUGGAUCUAGAGUUGCAGCAGUAUCGGGAGGUCCACUUAAGAAUUCAUAUGUAAUUUCUCAAGUUCAUUGGCAUUGGGGUAUGAAUGAUUAUGACGGUAGCGAACAUAUCCUUGACUUCAGACGUUACUCUGCUGAAGCUCAUAUUGUUACUUAUAAUUCAAAAUAUGGUUCUUUGACAAAUGCUAUGAAUCAACCUAAGGGGCUUGCAGUUCUAGGUUUUUUAUAUGAGAUUGACAACUCUUAUGGAGCCUCAGACAUUCCAUUUGGAUUUCUCGUUGAAAAUGUAAUUGAAUCAGGAAGUUCUUACGUGGAAAAUUCUCAUUUAUUUUCACUUCGUCAUAUCAUCCAAUCAAUGGAAUUUGAUUAUUUGAGUUACAAAGGCUCUUUGACAACGCCAAAUUGUUUUGAGACAGUCACAUGGAUAGUUUCGACGAAGCCUUUGAAAAUAUCUUCUCAUGAUCUAGCUCAACUUAGAAGAAUAAAAGAUGAAAAAGGAAAACCAAUUCUCAUGAAUUAUCGACCCAUUCAGAGAACAAAUUAUCGCGAUGUCGAUAAAUAUUGUUCCCAAUCACAAUAUACACAAAAGUAUUAUUAA